UUGGACACGAUCUCUCUGGUAGUGUGCGAUGAUUAUACCAAAACCUCACGCCUCGUGUUUUGGGGUAUAAGAUGCCCUCGUGGAGUGUUUUUGGAACCCAAUAACACCAUGCCUCUCUCUCGUCUUCCAGCGCGGUCUUUCAGUGGGACUAGCCAGGGAUCCUCCAGACCAGGCACUCCGCGAGCCCACGACCUUGUUCAAAAGGAACAAUGGCUGCAAGCUGCUCGCGAAAGUACUGAGAAUUUCAAGCUACACGGUUCACCAGUUCCACUUGUUUGGUUCUACACGGAAGAAAAUCGCAUCCCUCCUAAUGCUGUUCCUUUUAGCGAGGACGUCAACGGCUGUCCUCUCUUUAUUGCUCGUGUCCUUCUAGAAGGACGCCUCUAUCUCGGUAAAGCUGCCCACCACCUUAAUGGCGCUGUGGUCUCCUAUGCUGGCAGAGACCGCAUCGUGUCGAAGUACGAGGUUCUUACAUGUGCCUCUAUGAUUCAUUGGGCAUUCCCGAAUAUCGAACCCAACGGCGUUCUUCCUCGGGGCACCGUGGUGCUUGCUCAUCAAUCCAAACAAGAAAAACCAUUUGGACAUGUGCCGGACCCCCACAACCAUGGGGGGCUCUUCAAUACUAGCCUUCGUCCUUGCGACAUCCCACGCUACAUCCCCGACGACCACGACAGAGAGCUUGCCCUGAAACAACUAGCAGAAAUCAAGACUGUUAUUUUGGUCGAUGAUUCUUUGUCGAUGACGGAAGGGAGCCUCUGGGUCCAAGCUAGAGAGGCUCUCGCUGGCAUAAUUGAUAUUGCUAACCAGUAUGGAUCCAAAGGGGUCGAUUUGCAUUUCUUGCAUGGAGAUGCAUACGGUGAAAAUAUAUUGUCUAAACUCGAGGUCGCUAAAUUGUUUGAUGAGGCCCUGCCGGACGGCGAAGAUACUCCGACUGGCGCGAAACUCGCGCAACUCAUCGACUUUUAUUUACCACGUGUCGAGAUGAGGGAAACUCUGCAUCCCCCGAUAACCGUCAUCGUGAUCACGGAUGGCGCGGCGACCGAUCCUGAGGAGCUUGAACACUGCAUCGUCACUGCUGCUCACCGUCUGGACAGCAACGACGUGAAGCCAAAUAUGUUUGGUAUUGCAUUCGUGCAGAUCGGCACAGACCCAGCUGCAGCGGACGCACUCCGUGUUCUGGAUGACAAUCUUGCGGACACGUACAAAAUUAGGGACAUGGUGGAUACCAUGCCGUUCAAUGCUGCUUAUGGCACCUUCGACACAGAGUACAUGCUCAAGAUUCUCCUUGGCGUCCUGCGGAAGACUGUUGACCACCACGAACACCCGGUUGCGUCGGUUGCCCCGCCUUCGUUGCUAUCACCUCUGGCAACAGGAACUGUCCAUAGCUCUCCGCGUAGCCUCCCAUCGACCCUGGUUUCUGGGGGGUUAGCGGGGAGAAGGUCAGGCAGUCCAGGCACUCCAAGCCGCAUGUCCUCCCUUAGAUCCCUCCCAAGAGAGUGAUACAAUUCCAAUCUUGUCGGCAUGUUUCUCGCCCCAAAGCUCAAUUGUAAAGUAAUACUCGCACGCGUCUAAAAAUGCAAUCGUCUUGUACCGUAGUCUGAAUGGAUAGGUGGCAAAAACCAGGUUUCCAUAGCCCGACUAGCUUGUUGUGUUUUUACGUACGUGAAAACGUGGCACUUGCCAAGCCAUUUGAUAAGAACGCAAAUUUGUGAAG